AUGAGGGAAAUCACCGAAAACAAAGCAAGGCCCAUCAUUGACAAGCCUAGUAAAUUGGAUGCACUCAAGAAGACAUUACUCUCGGUGAAGAGGCUCCCCCUAGGUGUCAUUACUACUGCUGAGAAGAUCUGUCAAUGUGCCAAAGAUGAGUUGAAAAAUCAUCUUGAACACCACGGUACUAAGCAAAACUUUCAGUACUUUGAAGAGCCUCUACGUCUACAUUCACUGGUGAAAGUGCAUCCAUCCCAGCUACACCGGCCCAAGCAACAACUGUCCAACAUGAGAACUCGUGCCUUUUUGACAAGGAAAGCCAUUGAAUAUAGAAACAAAGAUAUCCCUCUUGUUUCAAGUUACGAGCCUCCUCCUUCUGACCAACGUCUCGAUUCAAUGGUGUUUUCGGGUACUGAUAACGGGCUGACUGUAAUGACGGAAAUUAUUGGCGUGAAUCUGAUCAAACACAAAUAUCACUUGUUACUGCAUAAUAGAUUCUCUCCUCUCACCUACCUCGAUGCUGAUGAAGGCAAUUUGCCUGAUAGUACUGGUACUGCUGCUGGUAACGAUGGCAAUGGCGUUGAUCAAGUUAUUACGAAAGACGCUAUUGACAAGCAUGAAAUUCGUGAUGGCAGUGUUAAAUGCGAUGGAGAUCUCAAUGGUGAUGAUAGCGACACCGGCGCUACUGCUAAUGAUUGUGGUCAGACAACAACAUUAGAGCCUCUGCCAGAGUCAUACAAGAUGCGUGCUGAAGAUAUCGACUUUGGUCCUGGCCAAUUCAUGAGGCGAAAUAUCAUUUUGAAAGACAAGAAAACAGCAGAAGAAGGAAAGAGGGUUCAAGAGAUCGAGAAACAUUUGCCGAGAUCCAGUGUGUUCAGAGCCAAAGAGGUAGAGGAUGUCAUAUCAAAUCUUGAUGCACACAGAAGCAAUGGCCAAGCAUUGCGAGCGUUCUAUCACUCAAAAAAGCAGAAUACUCUCUCUAACAAGACUGAGCACAUUGACAGGCAUUUCCGUUCUUGCUUUGCUUCGCGUGAAAGAUCCUUUUGUGCUGGUGUUCGUCCCCAAACGUCACUUACAAUGUUCAUUGGAGAUCGUGGUCUUUGUGUCGGCUCUCGCUUGAAGGGUCAUUUGAAGUAUGGUGGAAAAUGGAAGCCUCGCUUACAUUCAUCUGUCGCCACUGUGCAUACUACCAACGAACACAAGACAUCCCAGACGUGCAUGUACUGCUUUGGUCCCACCUCUCAUCCCACACAAUCCAUCAAAUCAAAGGAUGGUAAGACCAAGACGAGGUCCAUUCAUGGUGCAUUCCUGUGCUUAAAUCCUGCCUGUGUAUCCGUUCUUAAUCACAUAGCCAUUCAAGGUAGAGACAAGACAUCUGCUUUGGCCAUCGCUGUCUCUGGGCUUUCCACUCUCUUAUUCAGGCAGCCAUUUCCUGUAUUCAAUCCAAAGCCCAGUCAAUCCAACACUGGCAUUAUUCCCAAGACCACCUCUUUCUGCAACAGAAACGAGAAACAGGACGGCAGCGGUGCUGCAUUAGCGGACGCAUGA